AUGACUCACGAUCUCAUAUUGAAGAGUUUUCAAGCUACAGGCGUAUGGCCGAUGGACGCAAGCCGGCUGCGCAAAAUUUUUGACGCUGCGGUAGCUGACAAGGCCAAAAUUGAAGCCAAACGGCUAUCCCAAGGCUUGCACUCGCUGCAGGUCAACAACGCGAUUCUCCACGCCGAAAACGAGGAGCUACGGGCUGAACUCAACCUUAUUCGAAAGCGCCCGAUCAAAUCUACAACACUGACUACACGAGAAGGUGAUGAGUGGCACGGCGGAGCUGUAUUCUACAGUCCCAGGAAGCUUGCCAGCGAGCGCGCGCGCAAGGCCGCAGAACUGGACGAAGCCGCGGAGCUACAACUCCAAAAGGCUCGCGAUAGAGAGAUCAAAGCGGCAGAAGCAGCUGAGAAAAAGCGCUCUCAAGAAGCUGCAAAGUUGGCUCGACAGCAAGCCAAAAUUGCUAAGGAUGCGGAGGAGCAACGGCAGCGUGAGGAGAAAGCUGCCGCGCGGGAGCUCAAAAAGCAGCAACAACAAGCUGCAACCGCUCAAAAAAGUCGCGAUACAGCAAAUAAGCGUAAGCGAAAAGCCUCACCUAAGCCAGCAAAAAAAUCGACAAAGCGUCGUCGUGCUGUUGCUUCAUCAAGUCGGGUGGUUGAGAGUCCGCCUCGGGCGCCCUCCCCACCCAAAUUUGGCCUACACACCCGCCGACUCAAGACGCCAGCGAGAUACAAGUAG